GUGUGCCCAGGAAGGAGGGCUCGCGCGCGGACGCCUGCGCGCUCUGGGCGCUGGUGCCGGUCAGCUGGCACCCGGCGCCGCACCGGCGGGGAGCGACGCGUGCAGCAGGGAGCUGCCCCCUGCCCUGAGGACCCCUGUGGUGCAGCCCUCCUUGCGGAAAUGGCGGGGGAAAUCACGGACACCGGAGAGCUCUAUUCCCCCUACGUGGGGCUGGUGUACAUGUUUAACCUGAUCGUGGGCACGGGCGCGCUCACCAUGCCCAAGGCCUUCGCCACAGCCGGCUGGCUCGUCAGCCUCCUCCUGCUCAUGUUCCUGGGCUUCAUGAGCUUCAUGACCACCACCUUCGUGAUAGAGGCCAUGGCCGUGGCCAACGCGCAGCUCCACUGGAAGAGGACAGAGAGCCACAAGCAGGAGGAGGAAGACGACUCCUCCACAGCCUCAGACAGCGACGACAUUAUGGUGCAGGAGAGCUACGAGCGGGCAGAGAGACGGCCCAUCCUGUCUGUGCAGAGGCGUGGCUCUCCCAGCCUUUUCGAGAUCACAGACCGAGUGGAAAUGGGACAGAUGGCCUCCAUGUUCUUCAGCAAAGUGGGGGUCAACUUGUUUUACUUCUGCAUCAUCAUUUACCUGUACGGGGACCUGGCCAUCUAUGCCGCCGCUGUGCCCUUCUCCCUCAUGCAGGUGACCUGCAGCGCUAUUGGCAACGACUCCUGCGGCGUGGAUGCAGACACCAGACACAAUGACACUGACCAGUGCUGGGGGCCUCUGCGUCGGGUGGACGCCUACCGCAUCUACUUGGCUGCCUUCACGCUCUUCCUCGGACCUUUCACCUUCUUUGACGUCCAGAAGACCAAGUACCUGCAGAUCCUGACCUCCCUGAUGCGGUGGGUCGCCUUCGCCAUCAUGAUCGUGCUGGCACUGGUCCGCAUCGGGCACGGGCAGGGUGAGGGCCACCCGCCCCUGGCCAACUUGUCAGGACUCCGGAACCUGUUCGGGGUGUGCGUCUACUCCUUCAUGUGCCAGCACUCCCUCCCAUCCCUUGUCACCCCGAUCUCAUCUAAGCGCCACCUCACGCGCCUGGUGUUCCUGGACUACGUGCUCAUCCUGGCCUUCUACGGCCUGCUGUCUUUCACUGCCAUCUUCUGCUUCCGCGGCGACAGCCUCCUGGACAUGUACACGCUCAACUUCGCACGCUGCGAUGUCGUGAGCCUGGCCGCCGCCCGCUUCUUCCUGGGCCUCUUCCCUGUGUUCACCAUCAGCACUAACUUCCCCAUCAUCGCUGUGACGCUGCGCAACAACUGGAAGGCGCUGUUCCACCGUGAGGGCGGCACCUACCCCUGGGUGGUGGACCGCGUGGUGUUCCCCACCAUCACCCUCGUGCCGCCCGUGCUGGUUGCCUUCUGCACCCACGACCUUGAGUCCCUGGUGGGCAUAACUGGGGCCUAUGCGGGCACCGGCAUCCAGUACGUCAUCCCGGCCUUCCUGGUAUACCACUGUCGCAAGGACGCACAGCUUGCCUUCGGCCACGGGACCCCCAACAAGCACAGGUCCCCCUUCCGCCACACCUUCUGGGUGGGCUUCGUGCUGUUCUGGGCUUUCUCCUGCUUCUUCUUUGUCACAGCCAACAUCGUCCUCAGCGAGACCAAGCUCUGACAGACGGCAGGAGGAGGUGUCUGGUGACAGAAGGGUCGGGGACUCAGCCCCACGCAGCGCCGGCCUGCAGGGCCGCAAAGGAGUCGCCCCCUCACCCCAUCCUGGGUGUUGGUGGGCAGGCAAAGCUGGACCUGAGGGACCCUCCCCGACCAAGACUCUGCUGAGCCUGUGCCUGGCCUCACUGCUGGGACGGCUUCCUCCCAGGUCCCAUCCCCAGCCCGCCCCGUCAGCGCUGGCAGGUGCUGUUCCUGGUUCCUGGACUUGGUACUGCAGUCCCUGUUCCUGUUCCAUGUACUCCUCCCCCACCUGAGCUGCACUCCCCUUCUCUGCCUGAUGGACCACGCGGUGCUGGCACCGCUGCUAUAUGUGCCACACCCCAAGUCCCUCCUGCUCCCCUCUAUGCCCAGAAGUGUGUCUGGGCAAUCUGCUCCAUGAGUAGCUGCUGCCUGUGCCCUGCUCCUCCCCACCCCCCCAGGCCCAUCCCUGCCCCCCACAUCCCUACCCAGUCUUCUAGGCCUGGGAGUCCCUAAGUGACGCUGCUAGGGGAGGGCCUGGCCACCUCAGUGGUGUGGACAAGAAGUGCUGAUUGGCACCAGGACCAGGAGGGCCCUUGUUGUGGAAGGCAGACUGCAUGGACAGUCCCUUCCACGGGGACACAACAGCUGCUGCCCCAACACUGGGAACGGUUCCCUCCGGAGCUGGGCCAUGCGUACCCAGUACUCGCGUGCUUCACACUCCAUCUGCCCCGGGGUCACGGAUCCGGGAAGGGCCACCCACUGCCCCUCCCUGAGAGGGAGGCCAGGCCUCAGCUGCUCCCCACACAAUCCUGCAUGCCCUGCAGGGGCUUGGGGUCCUGGAGACUCAAUGUGCCUUUUCCCGCUUCGUGCCCAGAGGUCCUCCCUGGCUUGUCCCUGGAGCCAGACCAGUCUGUCCAAGACUCCACAGCAGCUCACUCUGGCUGCCUCUCUAGGGUAGGGUUGGGUCUCAGGCCCCCUGCCCCUGCCCCCUUUGAUUUCAGUGCCUUGCUCAGCCCCCACGAGCAUACCUGCCUCUCCCCCUGGCCAUGCUGCUCACCGUCUAGGAGUCUGGCUGGCCCAGGGCAGCGAUGCUAGAGGCCCAGGGUGGUGGAAGCUUGCAGUUGCCCCCACCCCCCACAGUGGUCAUGCCUCGGCAGUCGCCACAGUGUAUCCCUGCAUAGCCCUGUUUCCCAUCUGUUUGAGAAAUGCCCCUUCCCCAUCUGCCUUUUCAGGCUUCUCAGGAGGCCCUGCCCCAGGUGGGCGGAGCCAGGCAGGCACCACAGCGCACUGAGGCCAAAAGUGACAAAGACGGGCUGGUGGCCUCCCUGCUGCUGCCUGGAUGCUUGCUGAAAACUCAAUUAAAACAUCUGCACUUUCCCUUCUCCAAUUACGGUCCCCAUUGCUUAAGGACAAAACAAAUUAAAUCAUCCUGCCACCCCAGGCGCCAACCCAAAUUUUUGGAGGCAAAUUUAUGAGCAUCAGCGAGCCAGGGUGAUUGAUGUGACAAUCUGGCUCCACACACAGCAGUGGAGUCUAGUGGCUACACUUCCCGCCACCUCUGAGCCAGGGGACCAAUUGGCAGGAGGUGACCACAUUGCCUAUACCAAGCGGGGACCCUCCUGCUGACAGUCUGGCUCCCUGCUCCAUUGUGCAUCUGCUGCCUGCCCUGCCAGCGGUCAUAGGAGGCCACUUUCCCUUCUCAUCGCCAGUGGGGCUGAGGGCACAGGGAGAAAGUCCUUCCCCCAUAACUGGGUAUCACCAGACAAUGCUUGCCAGUCCUGCACAUCAGACACACCCAGCCAGAGACUGGGCAAGUUUGAUCAUGGUUUCAGGUUUACAGGUGAGCCACUGGGGUCAGUGGAGGUAGGAACAGCAGAGGGUGCCAGCCCAGCCUGUCUGCAGGGACAAGUGUCCCUGUGGAGCCAGAUUUAAACUUGAAGAGCCUCCAGCCAUGCUACCCAAAUGCCCCAAGGACAGGCCAGCUCAAGCAGGGAGUGAGCACUUCUAACCAAGCUCCCUGCCAAAGCAGCAGGCCCACCUGUGCACCACAGCCUUCUGUCUGCGGCUCCUGACUGCACCCCACCUUGCUGGUGGCUGUAGGCUUAGAGAUGGGCAGGUGGCAGGCUAGAGAGGCACUGCUGGAUGGUGGAACGUGGCAGAGGGCCCCGUGCCAGGCCCUUAGGCACAAAGCUGUUCUAGCCACAUGGGGGCCAGGACGACUUUGGCAACUGCAACCUGGCCUCCCCAUGUUCUGCCCCUGGAGUGGUGGGUAGGUCAAGGUCAUUCGCCACCUAUUGAGAAGUCAGUCCAGAGGGGAAGUGGUG